GUUGUUUAGUUCACCACAUAACAUUUACCACAUUUUUUUGGUACUUGUUUAUUAAAAUUAUAAUAUAAAGUAUAAAAAAUGAGAGAAAUCGUACACAUUCAAGCAGGACAAUGUGGUAACCAAAUUGGAGCCAAGUUUUGGGAAGUAAUAUCAGAUGAACAUGGAAUAGAUCCAACCGGUACAUACCACGGCGAUUCCGAUCUGCAAUUGGAACGCAUAAAUGUUUACUAUAAUGAAGCGACAGGCGGAAAGUAUGUUCCUCGAGCCGUGCUGGUGGACCUGGAGCCCGGCACAAUGGACUCUGUACGCUCCGGUCCAUUUGGCCAAAUCUUCCGGCCGGACAAUUUCGUGUUUGGACAGAGCGGAGCUGGUAACAACUGGGCGAAGGGUCACUACACGGAAGGUGCAGAACUGGUCGAUUCCGUUUUGGACGUGGUGCGCAAGGAAGCCGAAGGAUGCGACUGCAUGCAAGGAUUUCAAUUGACCCACUCGCUGGGAGGUGGCACCGGGUCCGGUUUAGGUACGCUCUUGAUCUCCAAGAUCCGCGAAGAAUAUCCAGAUAGGAUUAUGAAUACGUUCUCUGUCGUUCCAUCCCCGAAAGUCUCUGAUACUGUCGUUGAGCCAUACAAUGCCACUUUGUCCGUCCAUCAGCUGGUUGAAAACACUGAUGAGACCUAUUGCAUUGAUAACGAGGCUCUCUACGACAUUUGCUUCAGAACUUUGAAGCUCACAACACCAACUUACGGCGAUCUUAAUCAUUUAGUCUCGGCCACCAUGUCCGGUGUCACUACUUGCUUAAGAUUUCCCGGUCAGCUGAAUUCUGACCUAAGAAAACUUGCUGUGAACAUGGUGCCAUUUCCGCGGCUGCAUUUCUUUAUGCCCGGAUUUGCUCCCCUAACUUCCAGGGGAAGCCAACAAUAUAGGGCAUUGACGGUGCCCGAGUUGGUUCUACAAAUGUUCGAUGCCAAGAAUAUGAUGGCCGCAUGCGAUCCGAGGCACGGUCGAUACCUCACAGUUGCAGCAAUCUUCAGAGGGAGAAUGUCUAUGAAGGAAGUCGACGAGCAGAUGCUUAACAUCCAGAACAAGAACAGCAGUUACUUCGUUGAGUGGAUUCCGAAUAACGUGAAGACUGCGGUCUGCGAUAUUCCCCCUCGCGGUUUGAAAAUGUCUUCGACAUUUAUUGGCAAUUCGACGUGCAUUCAGGAAUUGUUCAAGCGCAUUUCAGAACAGUUCACAGCCAUGUUCAGACGCAAAGCGUUUCUUCAUUGGUACACCGGUGAGGGCAUGGACGAGAUGGAAUUCACUGAAGCCGAAUCGAACAUGAACGACUUGGUAUCGGAGUACCAGCAAUACCAAGAUGCCACUGCAGAAGAAGAAGGUGAAUUUGAUGAAGAAGAGGAAGGCGAUAACGAAGGAGAUAAUUGAUUGUUAUAUGUAUAUCUAUAUAUUUAUUUCAUUUUUUUAUAACGACUUUGUCUGAAAUUUUAAUGUGCUCCCAUCGCUUGUUCUUCAAAAGAAGCUAACCUGAUUUGAAAUUUGUCCUCUCUGUUUUUUAUAUUUUGGUGAUUAAUAA